AUGCAAGAAGUUUGCAGUUCGCACGAUUCGCCCGUGCUAAUAGGAGCUCAAAUCAAAUCCGAGUCGCAAACGUUAAGCGCCAAUCCCGUAAAUCCCUGUUCGCCUAACUUAAUGUCCCAAACAGGCCUGAAUCCGGGUCAAAAAUUGUCCUCGGGAGUCGUUUCCGAGAAACAACAUGCCGACUCGUCGUAUUGGAUGCCCACGGAAAGCGGUUUUAUCAAUUCGCAACCUUCGAUGGCGGAAUUUUUGACGCAUGUCGAACCCGAAAGCCCAAAAGUGAAUCAGGGAUAUCCCGUGACGUCGAUCGAUAGUUGCGACUCGGUGCCGGAAUACCCGUGGAUGAAGGAGAAAAAGACAUCGCGGAAGAAUAAUGUUCAAGCGGAGUUUGUGACAGAAAAUGGAUUACCCCGUCGCCUGCGAACAGCUUACACAAAUACUCAACUAUUGGAGCUCGAAAAGGAAUUUCACUUCAACAAAUAUUUAUGUCGUCCCCGAAGGAUAGAAAUUGCUGCAAGCCUGGAUUUAACAGAACGACAAGUCAAAGUAUGGUUUCAAAAUCGUCGAAUGAAGCACAAACGUCAAACAAAUACUUCAAAAGAUGACGACGAGAUGAAGGAAGAUGGCGAAUCCGAUCAUUCAGGCACGUCAAAUGCGAAAAAAUCAUGCCAAGGAUGUGAAUUACCGUCGGAUGAUAUUCCGGACUCGACUUCGAACGUUCGUGGGCAGAACAACAACACGCCGAGCGUUACUCCGAACUCGACAGUCGAAUAUGGGCCCGCAAGUAGCAACAGCGUGAACAUAAUUUCCGCCGAUUCGAGUGUCAUUUCGAGUUUAGACGAAGACGAUGAGGGUCCCGCUGUCGUUAAGCCGCCGUCAAGCAAGAAGGCGAAACAUUCGAGCGACGAUCAGCAACCAAUUAAGCGAGAAAUCGUUAAUAAAUCAAUUUACGGCCCGAAUGGCGGUAAUGGCGCAAGCAGCAAUAAUAAUAGUAGUAACAAUAAAUCAAAUCAAGGGGAAACUGUGCAAUCGAAUUUCUUUCAAAAUGGACCUGUUGCUGUCGGAGCAACGAUGACGGGCAACAAACCAACGGGCGGCGGCGGCGUCUUUGGGAAUCGAGGAAGUGUCGCCGCGUUCAAAAAUGCCGCGAAAAUGGGAAAUAACGUGCCAGGCUCGGAUUAUUUGAAUAGUUAUUACAUGAAUAGGCAGGAAUUCGGGGGAAAUGGAAAACCUGAGAAUUUUGGAGAAUUUCAGAAACUUGUUGUUAGACCGCAGUACGCGAUGCAGUUUGGGGAACAGCAAAAGUUGCCUGAAGGAAAUCUCAACCAAGCCAUACCAAUGAACCACCCGUAUUACAACAACGAAGGAAACCAGCCAUAUCCCGGUCAGUAUUACUGCAACGAUUACUCAAACGGAAGCAGCAGCGUCGCAAAUGGCAUCGCUCCAAGCAACAUGCUGCCCUCCGAAGGCAUGAACAACUUUUUCGACGCCAAGCAAGGAGCGCCUCCGCAUCACGCAAACUACUACGAUCAAAGCUAUUAUCCGCACGACGUCACUGCAUCGCAUCCCUCCUUCAAUAAUGCCGCCCCGAAUGCCGAAAACUGUGAUAACUACGGAUUCCCGCAGUCGCAUUACGCCCCAGAGCAACACAAUAUGCACAACAUGACGGCGACGGCUCCGCAUCAUCAUCCGAACUUUGUGAACGCGAAUUUGCAUCAUCCGCAGCAAAAUCCGGCGUCGCAGCAACAACAACACUACUUUGGGAACUUUGAGAUUCCUCAUGGCGGCGGCGCGCAUUUCGAAAACUCCAAUUCCUCGUCAGAUUUUAACUUUUUGAGUAAUAUCGCGAACGACUUUUCGCAAGCGCCCGAAUAUUACCAACUGAGUUAGUCAGCGAGAAGCUUUUAAAAAUUGUGAAAAAAAAAUAAGAUUUUUUGUCGUCGUCUCUGCUUGAACUGAAUAAAU